AUGGCCCUGUCGCGGGAGUCUGCCUUGACGAUAAAAUGCUCAGCAUGCGGCAAUCAAGUCGAAAUCUCCAUGAUGGGAGACCACCUCUGCGGAGGCCCUGCGGCUGAGCCGUCGCCGCCGCCUGAUUCCAAAGAGCAGUUCGACGACGACUUCAGCCAGCCGUCGUACGGCAUGUCUGGCCGCACGCCGCCUCGAGUGAACACGAAUAUCGCGAACCGGCACUUCAUGGACAGGGGACAGCUUACCCCCGUCAGCCAGCCCAGCGAAUCCCGGACUGCCUCGCCCGUGGCUGGUCGGCCCGGCCAAAGCCCCACCAACGCCUACUUUUCACGCUCGUCUCCCCAGGCGCAACGGCCAGGGGGCUAUGGGGGACUUGAGGACCGUGCCGCUAGGAGGGGGCCGGAGGAGUCGGGCUCCGGGAAGCAGGGCGGUGGCUUUUUCGGUCGGAUGAACGCCGUCGCGCCCGGUCCUUUCAACGCCAGCUCGAGACCGCCUUCAGAGCGGAGUGCGUUUCCGACCCGCAAAGAUUCGCUCGAGAUGUGGGAUGGCCCGUCGGCCGACGACCUGGCACGCACCAUCGACCGGCCGGGAACGGGCUACUCGAACCUGUCCGGGGGCAGCUACACCAUCACCAUUGCACCGCCCAAAGCACCGCGCAAGAAUGGAUACGGCGGCUUCGGCCCGCCGUCGACAUCCACUAACACGUCGGAACCGAGAAGUCCGGGAUUCCCGGGCCGGUCCGAGACGUACCCGAAGCCCUCGGCGGCGAUGGAGCCUCCGCGCAGGCAAGGGUCGGCUCCGGGCAGCCGCGCAGAGCGCUCCCCCCUAUACGGCCAGUUCGGCGACGAUCGGCAAAGGUCCAUCGGCCCGGACAGGUCACGAAGGCCGCCGCCGCGGACCAGCCUGCUGGGGCCGCACACGCCCAGAGACUCCGCGUCGGUGGACCUGGCCGCCGAGUUUGGCGUCGGCAACCCCUACCACACGCCGUCCGACUCAGCCUCGUCAGGAUACUCAACUUUUAGCGAAGCGAGCCACUCGACAGCGCAGACGAGUCCCGCUCGAUCGCAGACGUAUCGGGACAAGGACAUGGACGAUCUCGGCGACUCAAUGGAGAACUUGCGGACGCGAGAUCCCGCAAUCCAGGCGCCGCGCCGCGGUCCCUCGCCCAUGACGGAAUCGCCGUACGGAACCUCGCCCCAGGAAAUGCGAUAUGACCCGGCCGUUCAGCCUGGCCGGCUCGACCAGCCCCGAGGCUACGACCAGUUACUCCCUUCGACUGCCUACAACGCGUCGGCGCAACGAGGGCCGGACUCGCGAUAUCCCGACCGACGCAACGACCUGUACCAGGAGCGGAGCGGGCCGUCUGCGGCCGGGCGAAGGGCCCCAGACUUGGCUCGCACCGGCUCGCGAGAGCCGAUACGGUCGCCGUCCCGGGGCGACUGCAAGGCUUGCCGGCUUCCUAUCAAGGGCAAGAGCAUCUCGUCGGCCGACGGGCGGCUGACGGGCAAGUAUCACAAGGCGUGCUUCGUGUGCAUGACGUGCUCGGAGCCCUUUACGUCGGCCGAGUUCUACGUGCUCGGCGACAAGCCCUACUGUGAGCAACACUACCACAAGCUCAACGGCAGCCUGUGCGGCGCGUGCGGGCGCGGCAUCGAGGGCCAGUACCUCGAGGACGAGGCGCGCAUCAAGUACCACGUCGGGUGCUUCCGGUGCCUCGACUGCGGCCGGUCCCUGCCCGACGGCUACUUCGAGGUUGACGGCAACGCCUACUGCGAGCGCGACGCCUGGAAACGCACGCAGCAGCCGCCCCCGGUGCCCAGCGGCGGCUAUGCGGAGCAAGACAGCUACGAGUCUCAGAGGGGCGGAUCCGGCCCACGGCCGGGCUAUGGAGGAGCGGGCGGCCUCCCCGGCCGAAACCCUAGCCGGCCGGGACGAGGCGUGCCGGGAGGUCCCCGGCCCAAGAUGAACAAGCGCAUGACGCGUUUGGGUCGCAUGUGA